AGGCCACUGUGACUGUGAUGAUUCUACUCUGGGAAGCAAAAAUGAAGGGGCUCCUGGUGUUGCUAGCUGUCUCUGUGGCUGUUUUUGCCAAGGAAUCCUUCGUGGGAGACCAGGUCCUGCGAAUCACUGCAAAGAGUGAGACAGAGCUUGUUCUCCUGAAGGAACUCUCACAGCUGGAGCACCUUAAGUUGGACUUCUGGACGGAGCCUGUGGAGGAGUCUCUGCCUGUAGAUAUCCGUGUUCCAUUCCACAGUCUUCAGCCUGUCAGAGCUUUCCUGGCCUACCAUGAGAUCCACUAUAAUAUCAUGAUCGAGGAUCUUCAGGCUCUUGUGGAUAUGGAACAGCGGGAGAUGAUAAACACUCGCGCUCCUGAGCCCAGAAGCACUGAUGAUUUUGACUAUGCCAACUACCACACCCUGAGUGAGAUCAACAGCUUCAUUGACCUGCUGGUAAGGGAGAACCCUAACUUGGUUAGCAAAGUUGUGAUUGGCCAGAGCUACGAGGGUCGUGCCCUAAAUGUUCUGAAGUUUAGCACUGGUGCUAACCGCCCUGGACUCUGGAUCGACACUGGCAUCCACUCCAGAGAAUGGGUCACCCAGGCCAGCGGAACCUGGUUCGCCAAAAAGAUUGUAACUGGCUAUGGAACUGAUGCUGCUCUCACUGCCAUUCUUGACAAGUUUGACAUUUUCCUGGAGAUUGUCACCAACCCUGAUGGAUUUCAAUACACACACUCAUCUAACCGCAUGUGGCGCAAGACGAGGAAGCCCAACUCUGGAUCCUCUUGUGUUGGAGUCGAUCCCAACAGAAACUGGGAUGCUGGCUUUGGAGGUUCCGGUUCCAGUAACAGCCCUUGCUCGGAGACUUACCGUGGACCUUAUGCUCACUCAGAACCUGAGGUCAAGGCCAUUGUGGAUUUUGUUAAGUCUCAUGGUAACCUCAAGGCUUUCGUGUCCAUCCACAGCUACUCUCAGAUGUUGCUGUACCCCUAUGGCUACACCAGAACUCCGUGUAAGGACCAGGCUGAACUGCAUGAACUUGCAAAGAAGGCCGUCACUGACUUGAAGAGUCUGUAUGGCACAAGCUACAAAUAUGGCAGCAUCAUCACAACUAUUUACCAGGCCAGUGGAGGCACCAUUGACUGGACCUAUGACCAGGGCAUCAAGUACUCCUACACCUUUGAGCUGAGAGAUACUGGUCUCUAUGGGUUCCUCCUGCCUGCCAGGCAGAUCAUCCCCACCGCUGAGGAGACAUGGCUGGCCCUCAUGGCAAUCAUGGAGCACACCAAGAACAACUCCUAAACAACUCAACUACUAAAGCAGCAGCUGGGUUACCAGAUGGGAUGACCUAAGACAUUUUUUAGGGAUAUCUGUUUAUUAUUCCAGCCAAUGGAUCCAAAGUUAAUUACUCAGACUUUGGUAAACGUAAUGUUCUGGGCCCACAUGCUAAACAUCAUCCAGCUUGGUGAACUGUCCAAAAAAGUAAAAUAAAGUAAAAACUGCUCAAAUGACCCAA